AUGACAUUAGCACCUUUGAUUGAUCCAGUAGUUUGGAGAAUGAGAACCAUGGCAGGAGUGAUACCUAUUGCAUACCGCAACUCUUCGUCAUCACCAGACUGGCUCAACAAGGGUGACAAUGCGUGGCAGAUGAUAUCUGCGACCCUCGUGGGCCUGCAGAGCAUGCCAGGGCUGGUCAUCCUGUACGGCAGCAUCGUCAAGAAGAAGUGGGCCAUCAACUCGGCGUUCAUGGCGCUGUAUGCCUUUGCAGCCGUCUGGAUCUGCUGGGUCAUCUGGGCAUACAACAUGUCGUUCGGUGACAGGCUCCUGCCCUUCUGGGGGAAAGCAAGGCCUGCACUCGGGCAGAGCUUCCUGGUGGCGCAGUCUGAGCUCACAGCCACCACUGUGCGGUACCACAACGGCACCCUUGAGGCGGAUAUGCUCCAUCCAUUCUACCCAGCUGCAACCAUGGUGUACUUCCAGUGCAUGUUUGCCACCAUCACAAUCAUCAUCCUUGCUGGAUCGCUGCUCGGGCGCAUGAACAUCAAGGCCUGGAUGGCCUUUGUGCCGCUCUGGAUCACCUUCUCCUACACAAUCUGUGCCUUCUCGCUAUGGGGUGGUGGCUUCCUCUUCCAGUGGGGUGUCAUAGAUUACUCUGGCGGCUAUGUCAUCCACCUCUCUUCUGGCAUCGCCGGCCUUACCGCUGCCUAUUGGGUGGGGCCAAGGUCAGCAUCAGACAGGGAGCGGUUCCCUCCAAAUAAUGUCCUGCUGGUGCUAGCAGGGGCAGGGCUGCUGUGGCUUGGAUGGACAGGUUUCAACGGUGGUGAUCCAUACUCGGCCAACAUCGACUCGUCUAUGGCAGUGCUCAACACACAUAUCUGCGCAUCCACCAGCCUGCUUGUGUGGACGCUCCUCGAUGUCUUCUUCUUCGGAAAGCCGUCGGUAAUUGGCGCCGUGCAGGGUAUGAUCACCGGUCUUGUAUGCAUCACCCCUGGUGCAGGCCUGGUGCAAGGGUGGGCAGCUAUUGUGAUGGGAAUUCUCUCAGGUAGCAUUCCCUGGUACACCAUGAUGGUGCUGCACAAGAAGUGGUCCUUUAUGCAGAGGAUUGAUGACACCCUUGGCGUCUUCCACACCCACGCAGUCGCAGGGUUCCUUGGUGGCAUCACCACUGGACUUUUUGCUGAACCAGUCCUCUGCAACCUCUUCCUCUCCAUCCCAAACUCGAGAGGUGCAUUUUAUGGUGGUGAUGGUGCAUCGCAGUUUGGGAGGCAGAUCACUGGUGCACUCUUCGUCAUUGCCUGGAACAUCGUUAUCACUUCCAUAAUCUGUGUCCUUGUUAGCCUAGUCCUGCCGCUCCGAAUUUCUGAUGAACAGCUGCUUAUCGGGGAUGAUGCUGUACAUGGUGAGGAGGCCUAUGCUAUAUGGGCAGAAGGUGAGCUCAAUGACAUAACCCACCAUGGCGAGAGCAGACAUAGUGGCAUCGCCGUAGGAGUCACACAGAAUGUUUGAGCAUAUCUUGUAACAUUAAAAGAAAAAAAAGUAGAAGUGCAUUUAUUUCUUACCAAUUGACACGACAGAAUUGUAAGCGGCGAGGCACAUGUUUAUGGAGGAAUGUGGAAUGUGCAGAUUUUCUUUUUGUUUGGAACUUUCGAAUCUUUUCUGCUUUCAAGAUUAUCUAUGUUUUAAAUUUGAAGCUACAGGAACUA